ACGAAACUGAUCUGAAACACGGAACUGAGGGCGUGUGAAAGAGAAAAUUAAAUCAGACUUUAAUCAGAAAACAGUCCGUGUUUGAUCAUGUGUUUCAUUAAUCCGAUCUCUUUCCUCACGCGACUCUUCUACUGGAGCAUGCGCGGUAAAACCAUGAAUAUUGACAUGAGUAUUGACGAGGAGACAGCUGUGUUCUUUGACCUGGAGACGACAGGACUCGACACUACUGUAUGUCACAUCGUGCAACUGUCUGCCAUCAGCCGGGACAAAACUUUUAACGCCUACAUCGUGCCUCGCCGCAGUAUGACAGAAGAGCCUCUAAAGUCACGGGUCUCACUGUAGAAGGUGGAGCUCUGCACUUAUACCGGCGACGUAUGCGCACCGUCCCUCUCCGACAGGCUCUGGCAGACUUUAUCUCCUUCCUCAAAACCUUCAACAGACCCUUUCUGGUGGGACACAACAGCAAACGCUUCGACUGGCCCAUCCUGAGCCGGACUCUGCGUCAGCUUGACCUGCUGGAGGAGUUUCAGAGCGUCGUGUCCAGCUGUGUGGACACUCUGAGUUUGAGUCGAGAGAUGUUUCAACUGGAGAGAUACUCGCAGCCGUUUCUCGUCCAGCAUUUCCUCGCG